AUUUUCCAUAGGUUUCGCGAGGUUUGCAUGGGCGGAUUGUGUGUGGCCACAUUUCUCUGCAAGACGUACUCAACAAUACUGAUAUGAAAUCUGCGUAAAGAAGUCUUUGAAUUUCUGGAGGCAUGUCCAAGAAAAGGGGCAGAAAGCGGAGUAGUGGGGAACUGAGUGACACAGUAACCCCUGAUCCCAGUUGCAUUCUGGGAGUCCGUAUUCAGCACAACUGGCGUGAGAAGGGGAACCAGAGCAAAUGGAAGGGCACUGUGCUGGACAGGCUCAGUGUUAACCCCUCUCUCUUUAUGGUCAAAUAUGAUGGCUUUGACUGUGUCUACGGCAUUGAGCUGUUCAAGGAUGAGAGGGUGUCCAACCUACAAGUACUCUCAGAAAAAGUGGUAAACAACAAGCUCAAGAUACCCCAUGGGGCUGAGGAGCUGGUGGGCAAAGCAGUGGAGCAUCUCUUUGAAAAGGAGGAUGGAGAAAAGAAUGAGUGGAGGGGUAUGGUCCUCUCCAGAGCACCUAUCAUGACCAACUGGUAUUACAUCACUUAUGAGAAGGACCCAGUGCUUUAUAUGUACCAGUUAUGGGACGACUAUGCUGAUGGGGACCUGAGGAUUCUGCCUGAAGCAGAAAACAAGCACCUUUUGCCUGCAGACAGAAAGCCGGGAGAGGAGACAGAGAGCCUGGUGGGGAAACAGGUGGAGUAUGUUACCGAUAAGGGUGUCAAGAGAACAGGCUUGGUCAUCUACCAGGUCCCAGCCAAGCCCUCUGUCUACUACAUCAAAUACGAUGAUGACUUUCACAUCCACGUCUAUGACUUGGUCAAAACCACCUAGAGAUGAUGGACACUUUAUCUCACCCUCCCCCCAGCCUCCCAUCCAUCCGCUUACUUUUCCACACACUAUCAUUUCUCAUUCAAUGCCUUUGUGGAGUUUAAAUGAUAAUAUUCUGUAUUGUUCAGAAAAAAAAUUACAAACAAAAAAAAUUUGGUAUGCACGGCAGAACUAGCAUUGCUAUGCUAGGCUAUUGAGAGGAGGGCGAGGACCUCUUUUCAUGUGAGAGAAGCUGUAAAAUCAAUGCUUUUUGUUAAUCUGCAAUGAAACGGUUUGGAUAGUCCUGAGACCUAUACUACGAAGCAGGAUUUGGGGUUAGCAAGGUAACUUCAGGUUGUAGUGUUGUCAUUCUGUGUCAAGUACACUAAGAGAGCCAUGAAACCGGAGUCAAAUUCCAUGUAUGUGCAAACCUACAUGGCCAAUAAACAUGAUUCUGACUCGGUACCCUGGGUUUUUAGUGUCACAACAGUGGUUCCCUUUUUACCGGGGUACAUCGCCAUAGUAACUAAUGCUGCACACCUUAUCUCCUCCGGAGCAGGUUAUGUUCAUAACAGAUCAACGCAUAAAAGCAUUGUCUACUGACCAAUCAAUUCUCUUGGAAAAUGGGGUCACCAUCCCUAGAAGAUCCUGUUGACAUCAGUGCAGGUAUAGUGAGAGGAUCUCUUAGGAAGGCAAGAGUUUCAAGAGACUGACAACCCUUUGGCUCUCUCUGACAAGUUAUCUAUGAAAGAUAUAGAGGGAAUGGCUUAUAUUUGUCAGCUUCUUGAGCCGUAUGUUGCCAGUGUGACGCGUCGAUGUGAUGCCCUUACAGUUCCGCAAACUGUAUGCAUUGGCUUGCGUUUUGUUGCUAGAGGUACUUUUAUGUAUGCUGUGGGUGAUGCAGAGAACCUGAGCAAAAACACGGUCUGCCGCACAAUUUGCAAGGUGGUUCUUGCUCUAACAGAGCUAGUUGAUGCGUUUGUUGUGUUCCCAGGCCACUUGCCCACGCGGCCAAUAAAAGAGGGCUUUUAUGAAAUAUGUGGACAAUAACUUAAGUUGAAUUCUUGAUCUAUAAAUAAUGUAGACCCUAUGAAUGCAGCCUGCUCCUUUCAUAGGGCUCCCUAGACUGAUUGGUGCCAUAGAUUGCACCCAUAUUCCCAACACAGCAUGUCUGUGAAAAUAAAGGUGAUUUUGUCAGUCGCAAGCCAUUCCACAGCAUCAACGUUCGGAUAAAGGAUAAAUAAGGAUAUUUAUUGUUUGGUCAUUCUGGCACAUUGCCUGCAUGGACAAUAAGGGUUUGCAGAAAAUGCAGUGGCCUGGAUAAAUAGAAGAUUUUCAAGUAAACUUACUUACCGGUUUGAAUUAUGUUUUUAUAUUUGUUCUUUAUUUGCCUUCAAGACCAUUUAACACUGCCGGGGUUGUAGACGGUAGACUGGUACACUUGUCCAUGUUUGCGAUUGGUCAUAGGGUGCAAACACCGCCCCUUUUGCGUGAAUGCGCUCAUAGCUAGAUUGGGAAAACCUACGUAAUGAGUUGAUAACCACCGUUGUGACACAGCUUAUGCACAGUUGCGGCUGUUGGGCUUAGUGAAGCCAGCUAACCAAAAGAUAUCCUGGGUAUUGCGAACUUGCUUCGUAGUGUAGGCCUCUGGAGUGUGCUACAAAGUUAUUGUCCCUAGGAUACAUACUAUUCUGGUCUUAUAGCAAUUGGACUGAUGAAAUCCCAAAAUUCAGCCUCUUCAGUGUUGCGUGGAGGUCAGGGAAAGUACCUGUGGAGUGGCAGACUGGGGUGGUGGUUCCCAUAUUCAAAAAGGGGGACCAAAGGGUGUGCUCCAAUUAUUGCGGCAUCACAUUGCUCAGUCUCCCUGGGAAAGUCUAACUCCAGGGUGCUCGAAAGGAGGCCCCCGACCGAUUGUCGAACCUUAGAUCCAGGAGGAACAAUGCGGAUUCCGUCCUGGCCGUGGAACAACGGACCAACUCUUUACCCUUGCAGAAGUGCUGAGGGGAGCAUGGGAAUUUGACCAGCCAGUCUACAUGUGUUUUGUGAACUUGGAGAAGGCUUAAGACCGUGUACCCCGGGGCACUCUAUGGGGGGUACUGCGGGAGUACGGGGUACCGGGGCAGUUGCUACAAGCCAUCCGGUCCUUGUAUAACCAAAGUGAGAGCUGUGUCCGCAUUCUUGGCACAAAGUCAAACACGUUUUCAGUGGGUGUCGGACUCCGCCAAGGUUGUCCCUUAUCUCCGAUUCUGUUUGUGAUAUUCAUGGACAGGAUCUCAAGGCGCAGCCAAGGUGAGGAGUGUGUCCAUUUUGGGAACCUCAGAAUUGCACAUCUGCUCUUCGCAGAUGAUGUGGUUUUGUUGGCUUCAUCAGAACGCGACCUCCGACACGCACUGGGGCGGUUUGCAGCUGAGUGUGAAAUGGCCGGGAUGAGAGUCAGCACCUCCAAGUCUGAGGCCAUGGUUCUCUACCGGAAAAUGGUGGAUUGCUCCCUCUGGGUUGGAGAUGAGUUGUUGCCUCAAGUGAAGGAGUUCAAGUAUCUCGGGGUCUUGUUCACGAGUGAGGGUAGGAUGGGCGAGAGAUUGACAGGCGGAUUGGUGCAGCAUCAGCAGUAAUGCGGACGUUGUACUGGACCGUUGUGGCGAAGAAGGAGCUGAGCCGGGAGGCAAAGCUCUCAAUUUACCAGUCAAGCUUCGUUCCAAUCCUCACCUAUGGUCAUGAGCUUUGGGUAGUGACCGAAAGGGUGAGAUCACGGAUACAAAAUUAGUUUUCUCCAUAGGGUGUUUGGGCUCAGCCUUAAAGAUAGGGUGAAGGGCUUGGACAUCUGGAGGGAGCUUGGAGUAGAGCCGCUGCUCCUUCACAUCGAAAGGAACCAGUUGAGAUGGUUCAGGCAUCUGAUUAGGAUGCCUUCCUUUGGAGGUUCACCGGGCAUGGCCAACUGGGAGGAGACCCCCAGGGUAGACCCAGAAUGCGCCGAGGGACUACAUGUCCAAUCUGGCCUGGGAACGCCUUGGGAUCUCCCAGGAGGAGCUGGAGGGCGUUGCUGGGGAGAGGGACGUCUGGAGUGCCCUACUUAGCUUGCUGCCACCGCGACCUGACCCCGGAAAAGCGGCUGAAGAUGAGAUGAGAUGAGAUGAAAUCCCAAAAUUUAAUGUUUACAUUGAAGCCGAAAAUAGCCUUUUAAAGCCAUUUCCUUUAAUUGUCUUGAUGAGUUACGACCAUGGUAGGUUGCUGAGCAGGCCUUUCAUGGAACAGCUAAACUAUUACGGACCAGCAACCGUUUAUAGCAUCAAAAUAAAUCUUAUAACCACCUAAAUUCAAAAUAUCCGAGAUCUAGGGUUUGCUAGUGUGAAGCAUUUCCAAAAUGUAUUCAUGUUUAAGUAUCGGACAAUCAUCUAGUCCUUAGGGUUCUCAAUUGUUUUCAUGUCAUAGACACAUCAGAUCCCUAUUUGAAAAGUUCUUUUUUUUUUUCCAAGGAACUACAUACAGAUAGUUAUUGGUUGUCGUCAAUUUCGUAUCGAAUUAUAGAGCUAUCAUUGUAAUGUAAACCAUUUACACUGUACAUUGGGAUUAGUGAGAAUAAAACCCAAGAUUAGAAGAGCAACCUUAUACAUUCUGUAACAGAAAAAGUUUUAGUAAGUUCAGAAGUUAAAUAACGAUCCCGGGAACCUCUUGAAAUCCGAUGACAGAUCCCUUGAGAACCAUUGACUUUGUGUUGACGACUCUUAAAAACAAGACAGUUUAGGUCUGAUGGCACCAGCCAAAGAGAAGAACACCACCACAUGUAGGCCAAACAGGUUAUGUCCUUAUGUAUGGUCUUCCCUAGAGGUAGCUAUGGAUAUAGCGUGAUUGGGCAGGAAAAAAACGUGGAGGUAUCAUGUUAAACUAUGACGUUGGAUCAGAGAACAGUAAAUGAAAAGGACAAAUUCAGAGACAUUGGAGUGCGGCCCUUGUAAGUUAAACUAGGAUAACAAUAGUCUUUUACUCUAAUUUGGAAAUACACCAGUGCUACUGCCCAUUCAAUUCAUGUUUAAUAGAAAAGCAUCCAUGACUAUGAUUAGGCUUGGCUAGAUUUAGCGUAUUUAAUAAAGCCAUCUCUUAGUAAAUUCGAAGUCUGGGUUUCUACCUAGGCACUCGCACUCCUUAAAUAGCACAAGGAAUAUCAGAUCCUGUGUAUCAGCAGUGAAGGUGUAGUUCGUUAAAUUAUAUCAUACAAAAUUAAUCCCACACAAGUCAUUAAGUGCCUUCAGGCCUAUCAUGUUGCAAUAUUGUAUAGAUCUGCCAUUUGCUCUCCUAACAUAGCUUAUGAAGGCCACCAUUCGGUCUUUAAAAAUGUAACACCGAUAAGUAUUUUGCAACCCUCAAGUUUGUUUUGGAGCAUAUGUGCAAUUUUUUUCCCUGUUCAUGCAGUUUGAACAUAUUCUACAAAUAUAACAUGUUCAGUCAUUGGUUGUUAAUUCUCAUCAUUGGUGAUAUUGUAGGGAGCACUUAAUUAUAUAUAUUAUAUAUUGUAUAAAGUUUAUAGGUGUUUAGGUUGUGGUACGCUGCAUCAUUUCCUCAGCAAGCUCUUUUGCUCAAAAGCAACUGUGGCAGAUUAUGCUUUACGUCAAACGCAUGAAGAAAACUUAUAACGCACUUAUGUUAUAAUACAUUCAUCAAUACAGUAUUUUAUCUGUAACUUUUGUGUAAAAUGUAAUGUUGCCUGUUGUGAUUGCCCUCAUUUAUGUGAAUAUCUCCAUAAAACACCAGCUUUUCUUAAAAAACCAAAUAACCACAAAAAAAGUUAGUAUACCGAAAUAUAUUAAAUAUGUAUCACAGUGCUAUUAUGAAAUGACAUUGAACAAAUCUCACCUAGACAGUGAUUAAAAUUGGGGUCUGACUCUUCAAAAUGAGAUAACUUUGUCUCCUGCAGUCAAGAGAAAUAUGUCCGUGUAAUUUCAUGCCAAAAUUUAUUCUAAUUUAUUUCCAGGAAUCACACCCAUCACCCCUGUCAACCAUCCGUAUUCAGGGUAUUCAGUGUAUCCCUCUGUAAAGUAGUUGAUUGGUAGUUUACUGUGAUAUUCAUGCUGUGAUUCUCAUGCUUUUCUACUACCUGGCUGUCAAAAAUUUGCAUGCAUCAGUUCAACAAAUAUGUGGAGACAUUUCAGCCUGUUAUUUUGGCAUUCGAAGAAGGAAAAUGUUUGGCAUAAUUUGGACUGUUUGCCCCACGUUUUAAAAAAAAAAGUGAUUAAAAAGGUGAUCAACCUCAUUUUGGUUGGCAACAAAUCCAACUGUAUCUUUGAUGUACAGUAUCACCAACUGUUGCGUUGUGGUGUUUCUAUGUUGAGUGGAGUGGAAUAGAAAAUAACGGUGCACUCCUUCGCCUGCCCGAUCCCUCAUCCUUCCUGUUCUGAAAUUGUAGCAGCAUUGA